AUUUCAGAUUUUCACUUGCUUUCCUUUCAAGCUUUCUUCACACACUUCUACAAACGCUGUCUCAGUACCCAAACUUCCUUCAGAUCAGGUAAAAAAAAAUCUACAGCCUUUCGAAACAUAUGAGCAGGAAUACGCUUAGUUGUCUGUCUUGUUAUAAACGCCGCCGUAAAUGUACAAAAAGUAGUGGCUCAGACUAUGCUAACUGUGUAAACAAGCAAACCCUAAACGAUACUAGACAGACUGACCAAGAUGGAAGUGCUAAGGAGACUUUAUCUCUAUCAACUAUUAGUCACACUCCGGGUGCUGGGGACGGGGGUUCAGCUAGUUUAGGUGACUGGUCUACGGUUCACCAACUUGAUGGAAUUGAUGCUUCAAAAGUGAAUUUAUUAUGUGAGGGCAGCAGCAACAACACGUCAUCCGUAUUAGGCGUUCUCAACAGAGUAGAGUUCUGUGAUCGUUUAGAAAGCAUAGUUCUUCGGCUUGAAAGGAUAGCACAAACAAUAACACCAGAAAAAACUCCUGGACUGGUUGCUUUUGAACUGAUUAUUGCUAAUAGCCUUAAAAAUUAUGUCGCAUGUAGUAAAAAGCUGGGAGGAAACAUACAAUCUCAGUCAUUAUGUGUCCAAAACGCUUUCGGCUUCGUCAGGGAUCUCAUUGAACUAUCCAACAUUUAUAGCAAACCAACUGAAGUGGAUAUGGAUGUUCACUUAAAGCCUCUUCAUUUUAAGAUGAUUGAAAUAGCAAACUUCAGGGUUGGAGCUAUGUCCGUACGGAAGUGUCAGCUAUCAACCAUUGCAGAUUCUGUCCUUAUACUGAAUUGGGUUGGGUCUUCUUCAGCAUCGCAGUACGUUAAAGAAUUGAAGGACUCAACAUGGUUGAACGCUAACAAAGUCUUUCAGUAUUGCCGUGAGAGCCUUCCUGAACAUGUUGAGUGGUUACGCUCAUGGCUUUCUUGUCUGGAUGAAUUGUGCGUAGUUGUUGGAGAGCAUUUUCCAUACGGUCUAAAAUGGAAUAAAAAUGGUCCCAAACUACCCUUACCAACUGUUGAAAUACGCCCAAUUCAGUCUUUGCAAGAGGGUCGUACCAAUACACAUGAAAGAACCUCAAAAAAGGCUUUUCAUCCCAAAUUAUCAGUACAAUCACAACCGGAUCCAGUUGAUGUUACUAAGUUGUUUGCUGAAUUAGCAAGUGCUCAUAAAAAUUUACGCCAUAUCAGUGUAUCUGAUAUACUCUGAUAAUGAGGAUUCUAGUGAAUAUACCUUAAAAAUGUAUAAAAGUCAGUUUGUCCAAGUGUGAUAGUUACAGUCACACAUCAUUUGACUUCGCAACCUACAAACUGUGCCUUAUUUCAGGGGGAAAAAGUUUCGUCUUAUGACUGAUCUUCUGUUGUGUUUUCAUAUUUACUCGAAAAUAACCAUACAUUUCACUUCAUUAUAUCAUGCAUUUACAUUAUUGCUUGUUUAUCCUUUUAAUUAUAUACAGAUACUUCUUGUUCUGCUUUUUUUUGCUUCCUUUCAAUUUAUCAUUAAAAUAGAAGAGAAAGGAAAGCAAGAGUUUUAAAUUAUUCCACUUUUAUUGAUUUCAAGUAAUCUAUAAUUAGUUUGUUUUUGUGUUUCGAAAACAUUCACAAAAUUAUUAACAACUAAUAUAUAUCUUGUGUGGUGGAUGUGCAUACAUUCUCCAUGUUUUCUCAUUUCGUCUUACAGAUGAAUUUCUAAAUGCCUGUCUACUCCUCAUUCUUUGUGCUAGUAGAUAUAGAUAGACACACAAAAAAGGGUUGUAUACGUCAGUAUGUCAAGAAAAAUAGGAAUGGUUAAAUACAACAAUAUGGUUUUCUAUGCGAUGUUUCAUGUAAUUUAAUGAAUGAUUCUUCAUCACGAAUUGAUUUUAUUUGUUGAGAGUAACUGAAAAUCAAGGAACAUCAGAAAACUGUUCUGUCAUAGCUUGGAACUUCUAACCAGUGAACAUUCAUGAUUAUCCGCAUAUGUUUCGAUUCGACACCGUAUUUGUUAGCGAGAACAAUACACUACCGAAUUCGAAAGUCAAUAAAUAAAUAAAUCAUAAGAAAACAAACUAUUCAAUUUAAUUCAACUUGAUGAUUGUUCUUUAUGUGUAUAACUUUUAGCACAGGUUCGAAAUGCUCGUUUAGCUUUUGCCAACUUAAGCGACCUAUGACGAAGGUGAAAUAUCCGUCUACCAAUUAGGGGACGAGUAUACUGCGCAUCAGUUCGUUCUAUUUUGCUUUACGGCUGUGAAACAUGACCAUUAAGAGUAGAUAUUCGUAAGCUACUAGAAUUUGACCACGGAUGCCUUAGAAAUAUUGCUCGCAUCUGCUGGGAUCACCGGGUAAGUAAUAGUGAGGUUAGACGCAGGGUUUUAGGGAAUGAAGAUGGUAAAUCA